AUGAAUUUGACCAACUGCACAAGAAUAACUGAAUUUAUUCUGGUUGGAUUGCCACGUGUUUGGGGAAUGGAAAGUGUGAUGUACGCCAGCAUCUUUCUCCUCUACAUCCUGAGUCUGAUGGGAAACGGACUCAUCAUUAUGAUAGUAAUCAAGGACCACCAUCUCCAGAAGCCAAUGUAUUUCUUCCUUACCAAUCUUUCUUUCAAAGACAUCGGACACACCACAACCUUCAUACCCAAGAUGUUGGUCAAUUAUCUCUCGGAAAAUAAUUCCAUCUGUUUCUUUUGCUGUAUAAUACAACUGUGCUUCUAUUUUCUGUUUGGGGUGACGGAAUUUUUUAUCAUCUUUUUGAUAUCCUUGGAUAGAUAUGUAGCCAUCUGCUAUCCUUUCAGAUAUGCCACUAUCAUGACCUCAGGGGUCUGCCUUAAACUGGCAAUAGGAGCCUGGUUUGGAGGCCUUUCCUCCGUCCUUUAUCAGCAAGUACUGACUGCAAACCUACCCUUUUGCACUUCCAACGUUAUCAAUCAUUUCUAUUGCGAUGCUGGGCCCGUGUUGAAGAUUGCAGGAGGAGAUACACGUCUCAUUGAGGCCCUCGGCUUCCUUGUUGCGGUGGUUGUGGUUGUGUCCUCCCUGGUUUUCACCCUCAUUUCUUACUUCUUCAUCGUCUGCACCAUUCUUCGAAUGCCUUCAACCUCCAGACAGCAGAAGGCCUUUUCCACCUGUGCUUCACAUCUGGUUGUGGUCAGUCUUUUGUACGGGUCGGUCUUUUUUGUCUACUUAAGACCGACUAUCAAGAACUCUUCCUUUAGUAUGACAAAGUAUGUCUCCAUACUCUAUACUUUUAUCACCCCCGUGCUCAAUCCUUUCAUCUACACCAUUAGGAACAAUGAAGUAAAAGAUUCUGUACGCAGAAUGAUUGGAAGAAAAGUUACCGGUCUCAGGAAUAUCUAA